AAAACGUGGUUGACCUCGGCUCCCCAGAAAAUCCAAAGGGAUUCCUGCCUUGCUUGAGACGCAACAUUUUUAAUAGCCAACUUUGCAACGAUAUCGUUUACACCCUUUUCUAUUCCACUGGCCCGCAACAUUUGGAUGAAUCAUCGGAUUUGCUACAUCCCCAUCAUCCCAUCUAAGCUUCCUCUCAACAAGCACACCACCCAUCUCAUCCAACACACACACACGCACGCGAGCAACCAUGUCCAAGCCAGUGCUCCCGCAGAAUGACAAUGUCGCCCACGCUCUCGCUGGUGCCGGCGGUGGUCUACUCUCCAUGGCCUUGACCUACCCGCUCAUCACCCUCUCAACCCGCGCCCAAGUCGAAUCGAAGCGCGCUGACUCGGCCUUCCUCACGGCUGUCCAGAAGAUCGUCGCUCGCGAGGGCGUUUCAGGCCUCUACUCGGGCCUCGAGUCCGCCCUCUUCGGCAUCAGCGUUACGAACUUCGUCUACUACUACUGGUACGAGUGGACCCGCGCCUUCUUCGAGGCCGCCGCCGAGAAGGCCGGCCGCGCCAGCAAGAAGCUCACGACCGUCGAGUCCAUGAUGGCUGGCGCCCUCGCCGGCUCCGCGACUGUCAUCAUCACGAACCCCAUCUGGGUCGUCAACACCCGCAUGACGACCCGAAGCAGCGCCAACACGGAGGGCAAGGACGAAGAGGCACAGACGUCCAAGCCCAAGAAGGCGCCCUCGACCAUCGGUACCCUUCUGGCGUUGAUCAAGAACGAGGGCCCGCAGGCGCUCUUCUCGGGCGUCAUCCCCGCCCUGGUGCUCGUUAUCAACCCUAUCCUGCAGUACACCCUGUUCGAGCAGAUGAAGAACACGGUCGAGAAGAAGAGGAGGGUCACACCGACCAUUGCCUUCUUCCUCGGUGCCCUCGGCAAGCUGUUCGCGACCUCGGUCACCUACCCGUACAUCACGGUCAAGAGCCAGAUGCACGUCGCCGGCAACGGUGAGAAGAAGGAGGGAAUGUCGCAGACCAUUAGCCGGGUCAUCAGGGAGGAGGGCUACGCCGGCCUGUACAAGGGCAUCGGCCCCAAGGUCACCCAGAGUGUGCUGACCGCCGCUUUCCUCUUCGCCUUCAAGGACGUCCUCUACGAGCAGACCAUCAAGCUCAGGACCCUUGCCGCCAAGAAGCGCGCGUAAACGCUCCAGUGUGGGGUUUUACUCCCUCUUCACUUGGUCAAAUGUCCUUGACUAUAU